ACCUGAUUACUACAAUCUUCAAGCGCGCCACCGCACCGAGGAAGAACACACAGACACAGCAGCAAUGGGAGGGAAUACUUCACAUGAUGGUGCUGCUUCACAUAAUAACAGCCAUAAUGACAGUCACAAUGACAGCCAUAAUGACAGCCAUGAUGACAACCGUGUUGACAAAAGCCAACACAUAACAGGCCAAAAUAUAUCAGGCCAAAAAAUAACAGGCGAUAUGAAAGGCAAUUUUUCCAUUGGCAACCAGACCAACACCACCAGUCAUUCCGCUUCACCAAAAACUCCCCAAAAAACUGUCGUACCCAGCAUCACCAUUGCCAACGUUACAGGCGGCAAAGUGCGUCUCUACUACAAGUCAGAGGAGAUGGCUCUCAGUGACCUCAUCAAGGGAAGUCAUCUCAGCAAGGGCGACUCCAUUCUCAUCCUGGAUGGCACCGUUAAGAAGACCAACCUCCCUCAGAGCCUCUAUGUCACUUGCUUCCAAGUAGAAAAUGACAAUACUCAAUCAUGUCCUGAGGAAGGCCCAAUUUAUGGUCUGGACAACCUCCUGGCAGAGUAUGAUGAGGGUCACCCCAAGUCCUACAUCCUCACUGCCGACAAAGAGGUGAAGGUAGCUGAAACAGGAAAGAUCUGGGUGGAUGAGGAUGGGGUGGAUCACAACCCCAAAAAGUAACGCCACCAGGGAACCUCCUGUAUCUUAACACCCUGUAUUAAUCACAGAUUAAACUACAUGCAAAUUAUUGAUAAAAAAUAAAUAAAGAGAGCAUGCAUCACAGAUAAGUGAAAUAGUUUUUCAAGAUACACUCAGUGUAUGGUAGAGAUCAGCAAUGUAAUCAAUGUAGUUUUGUGACAAAUAAAUAAAUGUUACCAAAC